AUGACAUUCCCACAUGGCAGACCAAGCGCAGACCCGGCAGGGCAGCACAGCAACCCCCGACCUUUCCGUUUUGCCCCCCCGGCGCCCUACGACCCACAGCCAGCCCCACGCAGUUCCGACAGCCCCCCCUUCCCCCUCCGCAGCCCCCUCUCCCUCCCCAAACAGGGGGUCCUGGACGAGAGUCGGUCCUGCAGGAGGAGGCGUGUGUGGCUUCGGAUGCUGCACAGGAGAGUGAAGCAGGAUCGCAAGCAAGCCUUCCGCCAGCUCUCUCUGGGCAACUGCCUGAUACUAGACUCCACUGUACCAGUCCCGGGCAGCCCUGCCCCGAAACCAGACCCCCAGCCCUUGACCCUCCCGGAUUCUGAACUGGUCGAGCAGGAGCUGAGCGAAGCGGAGAGCGCCCCCCCCAGCCUCUCCGGCACCCCCCUGGACGGGGAGGAGGGUCUGACCCUGGAAGGGGUGCUGGACCUCCUGCAGCAGCUGCAGUAUCACACCCACCAGCAGGGCAGCGUCAGCAUCUGUCCGGAUUUCCUCGGGGGCCGCUGCCCGCAGGGGGGCCAGUGCCCGCUUCACCACACUGCCCUCCCCUACCACUGGCAGCUCCGCAGGAAAGGGACCUGUCGCUGGGAGAGCGUCGGGCAGGAGGCCAACGACCUCCUGGAGAGGCUGUACUGCAGCCCGCGAUCACAGCUACGUCACGCUGCGUGUGCGCUGAGCUGACAGAGGCACGUGAGGGAGGGCUGAUUCACACGCAGCAGAGACAGCAGGGGACACACCUGGCAGCUUGCAGCAUCAUGCAGGAAGUCACACCAGCUUCCUGUGCGAUUGCAGACCUCGCUCGUCCUCAUUGGUUCUCAUUGUUGAAGCGGCUGUUUCUCAUUGGAUGCUGUGGUUUACUAAGCUUUUGCCCCAGUGCUGAAACAACUUG